AAGAACUAGAACUGAAUUCAAAAACCAAAUUCGAAUUCUGGGAUAGGCUCAGUAUGCAAUUAUUAAAUUUAGUUCUAGAAUUAUGGAACUGAACUCAUUUGCAAAAUCCAGGCUCCGAAUUUCGAAAGUAAAUUCUGAAGCCAAUUUCAGGAGUUAUUCUGAUUCAGAAGUCAGUUCUAAAAUUGAAGUUCGAAAUUCAGAUCUAAUAUUCCGUUCCAGAAUCCAGAUCUAAAAUUGCAUCUGAUAUGUUUUGGAAACGUCAAUUCAAUACAAUUUUUGCCAUGAAUCGCUUCACACCCAAACAAUGCGUUGAAAUAGUGACACUUUACAUCCCAAACAGUCGUUCCAUUGUGUUAACUCAACGUACAUAUCGGAAAAAAUAUCGCGGCAAAAAGGCACCAUUAUCUAAAAAGUAAAGUUUACGCCAACCAGCCUCAAACUAUUGACGAGAAAUUGGUUGUUUUUUCUCAAAGUUUUUAAAUGUUUAUAUACCGACCAAAAAGAUGGAGCACCCUGUACAUCUACAGGAGAUUCGCCGUGAAGUAUAUACAUUCAUAGACCCGGCUGUAACAGUUUCUUAAAGAGCUAUUAGGGUUCUACUUACUAGUUUAGGAAAACAACUAUUGUUGAAAAUAGUAAAAGCAGUUUUCUCCGCUUUUGCUACACUGAUAAUAAUUUGCACACUAGCAUCAUGUGUAAAGCAUUUGAACUAUCACUACUUGUAGAACACAUGAAAUUCAUGAAAACAUACACUUAACUAAUCAAAUGAGUGUAACACCUAUUGAUAUUUAGUGGAAAUCAUGUUACAUUUAUCUGAAAUGCACAUAAAAAUGAUAAAAUAUAUCGUUACCUCUAGAUUCCAUAUGAAUGUCACAUUGUUUUUCAUAUAGAUUUCAAUUGAAGCACAGUUGACCGAAUCAAGUGUUUUGCACAUACAUUUGUGCUGGACUCAUUUCCACUUGAAAAUGAACUGUUUAACAUAUGUAGUUCGAUUCAAUAGCAAAACACAUCACAUUCAAAAGAAAAACACAUCACAGCUAAGUGAAAAAUAAUCUCAUCUUGCAUCUUAGUGAAUUUGUACAUGACAUCUUAAAACAAAGCGCUUGGGUUAUGUAUUGAAAUGAAAAAGCACAUUAAAUUGAAGUACUGUUUACAUAUGAAUCAAUCCUACACAUUUUUAUCAGUGUAGGUAUUGGCAUAAAUCAAGGUUUUGAAUGUUCCCGUUGUUGCGGCCAAAACAAUUCUUAGCUCACUUUGAUUUCUCGAAUAAAAUAUCCGAGCCCAAAUAUCCGAAAUGGAACUCACAUCGAUUUCUCUGAGAAGAUUUUGAUUCGAAUGAAAUAAUCUGAACCGAAAUUGAUUUUUGAACUAACAGAGUUUUUUGUAAUAAUUGAAUACAAAUGUAAUAGCGUUUUAUUUACGUAUGAAAUAUAUUAACUGCUAAUCUGCAAAGCUCGAAAUAUUGCCGACAAUUGAUACCUAAUAAUUCCUUACGUUGUUCUGUCUGAUCGUGUAUGAGAUCAUAGUAUGCGAUCGAUUCACUGUACCCAUCACUCCUACAGUUUACCUAGAAUCGAAAGGCAAUAAUCGGAAUGUCAUCACAGCGCGAUCAACUGGUUUGUAAUGCACGCGAUUGCUUCAAAAAGAUUGAAGAUGUAGCGUGGAUUACGUUCUGCUCACAUGUGUUUUGUGCUCAACAUGGCAAAGAAAUCAAAUUGCAACAAAUUGGGUCUAGAUCCUGUCCGGCAUGUGGUUCCCAUUUCCGAGAUGAUUUGAGCAUAGUGGAACGUAAACUUAACCGGUCGAUGCAAUAUCGCGCGCUUUUAUUGUGCGGUUACUGUCCAGAGACAAUAAUGGAGAUUGCGAACAAUGGAAUCACAUUCUGGAAUUUCCAAAAGCAACAAGUUUGUUUGAAUUUGGAACGUAAAGUAGAAUACUACAGGGAAACUGUGACUCGAUUGAAAAAAGAUUUAGCACAAGAUAAAAGUGAAGCCGCGUCCAAGAUACACCGCUUAGAGCAACAGUUGGAACUUGUGCAAUCUAAAUUAAACGAAGCAAACGAAGAAAAAGCUGCCUUGAGAGCCACUAGCGGUGAACAUGCCAGGAACCAUCAUCAAGUGAAAAAAAGAAGAAAUAUAUAAUCUUUCUAGUACAAUAAACAUCCGGAAAAAACAUAUUUCAUUCUAUCAACGAAGCUUUGAAAAUAAAUGGAUGAAGAGCAUGCAUCUAUUUUGUAUUCCAGACAAUUCACGCAAUCCUAGUUUUAUAGCUUUUCAAUAGCGACUUUCCGAUUGCAUCAACAGGGUAAUAAAAUUCCCCCAAGUUCCAAGGCAGUAAACAACAUAAAUAGGGUACACGGGAUACGCUUUUUAUUCGUGAAAACAUAGCCGCCGAAACAAUAUGACAGCACACAAACCGAAUGUAGGUAUCCAGCUCGUAAGCUCGUUUGAAUUUGUCUUUGGGAUAUCCUUCAUUGCUUGUUAUUGUUAUUUUCCCUACUUUACUCUGAUUGAGUUCGAGUUUCAGCAGCGUAUGCUGUCUAACCGAACUGCUUUGGUCUGCUUCUCGACUAACACUUUUCGCAGUGUCAAAUAAACGAAUUAUGUAAUAAGUACCUUUUAAAAAAUUGUGUGCAUUGUGUAUCAUACAAAUUUAUUUAAACAAUGUUCUACGGGCAACCUCCAAGUCUGUCAUACCGACUAGUUAACCGGAUUCAUUGGAUUAGUGAAUUGUAAGUGAAAAAUUCUUGAUACACCAAUUUUGCUAGAGAAGCUGUAAUAGGUAGGAAGUUACUGAGUUGGAUGGUUGAUUCUGGUAAACAGUUUGGUUCUCUUUUAUCUCGUAAUCGAUGAAAAUUAAAACUAAUUUUGUCGAUCUCAUCAAUUUAAUGUUAAACUAUGGCAAUUAUACUACUGUAUGUGUAAUGGUGCGAUAGAAGUACGUGAGCAUUUUAUUUGAAGAACCAAAUCGAAAUACGAAGAGAUCUUUUCUUCGAAAAGAAAGUGUGGAAUUUUUUGCCUUUCUUAUAUAGAAAGGUUAUGCAAUCAUUGUGAAAACCGACUUUUGAACCGAGGCCCGGAGGACCGAGUGUCAUAUAGCAUUCGACGCAGUUCGUGUGUCUGUGUGUGUAUGUGCGUAUGUGUGUAUGUAAAUUUUUUUGGCACUAACUUUUCUCGGAAAUGGCUGAAUCGAUUUUUACAAACUUGGAUUCAAAUGAAAGGUCCUGUGGUCCCAUACGUAAUUCCUGAAUUUCAUCUGGAUCCGACUUCCGGAUCCGGAAAUAUAAUGUAAAGUGUGUUAAAAAUUGUAUACCAUCACUGAAAAGGGCGAAAAACCGUGAAAAGUUUUCUAAAUCGACCUCAAAUCUUCUCCAAUUAAUAGUUUUCAUCAGUAGACGGUCAAACAAACCGAUUUCGGUUAUUCUUUUUAGGAAUCGAAGAAAAUUAUUCUAAAAAAAACCACAGUAUUAUAUAUGAUGGUAUGAAUGAUAUGAGAAAGGCAUCAUUACACCACUAGGUGGAUUUAAACAGGUUUUUCAUGGUAACAUCACUCAAUUACUCGUGUGACUGACACGCAGAUGGCACUAUAAUUGUCAAAUUUCUAUGACGUUUAUUAAUCACCAGCUUACAAAAGACUAUAUGUGUAAUUUCAUGGCAUUGCGAUUAGUCAGAAAAAAAGUGACAUCCAUUUGAGUGAGGCUACUUUUGUCGUUUUCAAAAUAAUUUUAAACAAUUUCGUGUGUCAUUGCUUCUCGAUGAAAAAUAUACUGAGCAAGCUAAGUAAUGGCUUCAAAAGCUAUCCGGACUCUGCUCCAUCGAAAAGAACCAUUGGUUUAGUUUGUGGAAAUUAAACGUGAUCAUACAGACACCAAUGAUGAUAAACAUUCUGGUCGUCGAAUUGAGGUGAUUACUCAAGAAAAUAUCCUAAAAGUCCCCAAAUCGGUUAUAUCUAAUCGUAAAUUGAAAUUGCACCAGAUAGCUGAGGCCGUAAAGAUAUCAGAAGGAAGUGUGCUUACAGUUAUUACGUAUUUUUAUGUAAGUAAAAUUAAUGGAAUACAAAGGUAUUUUGAAUUAUUUCUCUCAGUCGAUGGCAACGAUGGUUAAAUUGAACGAAUUGCUUUCUCAUCCACCGUAUAGUACAGAUUUAGCCCCCAGUGACUACAGUCUAGUCUAUUAUUCAGAAGCUAAAUUCAAAUGAAGAAGCAAAUGCUGAAUGUGAAGCCUGUUCUGAGGCAAAAGACAAAUCCAUCACACAAUUUAUUGAGUGAUGUGUUGCAUUUACUAUUGCAUUUAAAGAAGUUUUUUACUUCUUAUGAGAAUGUCGGACUAAUAGAGGUAACUAAUUCAUUAGAUGAAUUGGGCUUCUGAGACAGCAACCAAAAUAAAUCAUACACUCUCGUCAAAGACACCUUCAACUGCUAACACUACUCAACAAGACGAAAAUAUGACAAGAAGAACCACGCAUCGGGGGGGAACGGGUAUAGCGUGAUGGAUAAGUCGAUGCCUUUCACGCAGCCCACCUGGGUUCGAUUCCCAACCCCGCACAUAGGAUCAGAAACAUUUUCUG